CUCGCCGGCAUUAACAAAAAGUUCGCCCGGACCAUCGGAAUCUCGGUGGAUCCCCGGCGGCGCAACAAGUCCACCGAGUCCCUGCAGGCCAACGUGCAGAGGCUGAAGGAGUACCGCUCCAAGCUCAUCCUCUUCCCGAGGAAGCCGGCCAUGCCUAAGAAGGGAGACAGCUCUGCUGAGGAACUCAAGAUGGCGACUCAGCUGACGGGACCGGUUAUGCCGAUCAAGAAC